AUGGAGGGUGCAUUCAAUAUCUCCUUGGUGGACAACACAGCCCCCUCGCAACAAGCCGCAAGCGGGGAAUCGCCCCGACGAGCCUCACAUUCCCGCCAAGGCAGCUUGACCAGAAACCUCAGUCGAGUCUCCGUAGCAAAACAGAUCACAAAACGCAAAUACGCAAAAUGGCAGCCCGACCGACUAGGUGCUGGACCUAACCCCGAAGCGUCCUUAUCCCAAGAAUCAUCCCGGGCGCCGGGCGGCUCAAUCUCUGCUGAAAGCACCGACACUCAGGACGCGUCAAAUGACACCAGCACCGAGACGACUCGCGUUGACACCACCGAUCACGCGGCCUCUGGCGUACCCAGCCUUACUGGAAAUACUACCAUCCGUUCGUCAACUGCCGGCUUGCCCGUCUCCGACCCUGAGUCGAGUGCCAAGCCGAGGACUGAACUCGAUAUUCUGUACGAGAACCAGCGUGGUUGGUUCCUCUUCGGUGUACCUUGGUAUUCCCACAGAUCACUGCUCAAUUUCGAUCCUAGUGCUUGGAUGACACAGGACCGUCGCGAUAGUCCUGUUAAUAUCACCAAUGCUCAAGUUCCUGAUCCCAGCUGGGAGUGGGCCUGGCGCACCUGGUACGUCGAUAUGUCGGGUGAUGUCGACGAGCAAGGGUGGCAAUACUCUGUUUCUUUCAAAUCUUCUCAAUGGCACGGGACCCAUCCGUGGUUUCACUCAUUCGUGAGGCGGAGGCGCUGGGUCCGAUUACGAUCUAAGAUCCCGGAGAAACGACAUCGAGAACGCACCGAAUUCGAGAAGGGCCACAUGCUGAAUGAAGAUUACUUUACUAUUCACUCUUCUAAAGCGAAGAGCCGCGAACAGAGCAUUGCCGGGGCUUCGAGGGUCGAAUCUGGCUUUUUGAGUCGUGUUGGCACCAAGGUCGAAGAAGAACCGCAGUUUGAGGAGAUCGGGGAUGUUCCGUCCCUGAUGAAUGCCUUGAAGUCCAGCUCAAUCGACCGAGAGAGGCUUGAUGCGUUGAAGAGGUUUAUCAAAGAUGGUGGCGAGGAGAUCUACUAUUUGAAUGAUAAGGUCCCAGAGAUCCUGUCCAUGUUCUUGUUCCAGGCAUCCCGCUGGCAAUUUUUGGACUAUCUUACCAGUACCGCCCAAAAUAUUUCCCAAGAUACUGAAGACCAGGACGACAAGGAUGCCGGGAAGCUACAACGCAGAAAAGAUAACCUCAUUCGCGUGGCACAGACUGUGCAACGCCACAUAACGGGGCCAGAUGGGUCUACGGAUAUCUACGGUGGCGCAGCAGCUGAGCUACUGGACCUGACACCGAUUUCGAAACAUGACACACUCUUAUCCAGGAGAUCGUUGGUCGCGGACGAGCCUUUGCUCGUGCUCAAAGAAAAAGGGAUCAAGGGAAUUUCCAAGGCUGCGGAAGUAGGUCGCGAAGACCACAUAUAUUAA